UGACGCGUGAGUGAUGGAGGGCGGGGCGUGAGGGAACGGCGAUCUCUGACGAAAGGCGGGGCUGUGCUGCGGAGAUUGACGAUGAGGUCCGACCGACUGCUGCCUUGAUUUGUGAGUGAGUGAGGCGCCGAGCCUCGGGGGGCCCGACUCUCCGGAAGUGGAAUGAAAAUGAAAAGAAGCAAGUCUAUUUCUGAAGACAUUGAGUUUACUUUCACGCCAUUAGUGGUACUAGAAUUUGCCAAAGAGACACAAAAUGAGACGAUAGAAUGGCUCAUGCAAAGGAUCAAAGAGAGAAAACACCUGGGUGGAACUCAUUUGAAUAUUAGACCCUUGGAUGACCAAGCUGAGAAAACUCACAUAUAUCUUAUUGGAGCAUCUUGGAGAAGAUUAUUGGUGGGAGCUGAAGCCUUGGGUUUAGUUAAGGAGUAUCAGGAUGGAUCAAUGAGAACUUUUUCUUACCAAAACAAAGAAAACUACAAAUACUUUUCACAUGACAACUAUGAUUUUCUAACAAUGACAGAGCGACAGUACAUUAUUAAACGCGAAUUAGAAAAUCUGAGGGCGAUAAAUGAAACAAUGGUUCCUGGUCACCCACAAGCAAAGUUGUAUCCUGGGAAAUCAAUCAUUCGCCGUUUACAAACCAGUGGACUACUACUUAAGAUCUAUCCACUACAUGACAAGGAAGAGUUGAAAAAGCUGGGCUCCAUCUGGUAUAAGCGCGUACAUGUUGCCUUGCAGCCAAUCAAUGAAAUCAAGAAAUAUUUUGGACAGAAUAUUGCACUCUAUUUUGCUUUUCUGGAGUAUUUCACCAUUGCUUUAUUUCCUAUGGCUGUAAUUGGUGUGCCUUACUAUUUCUUUGCUUGGGAAGAUUAUGAUAAGUAUAUAGUGUUUGCCACCUUUAACCUCCUGUGGUCAACCAUCGUCCUGGAAGUUUGGAAACGUUGGUGUGCUAAACUUUCCUACCAAUGGGGGACACUGUUGAUGAAGAGACAGUUUGAAGAGCCUCGGCCUGGUUUUCAUGGAAUAUUGGGCGUUAACCCAGCAACGGGCAGAGCGGAGCCCACGUACCCUACUUACAAGAGGCAGCUGCGCAUCUACCUUAUUUCUAUGCCCUUUGUCUGUGUGAGCCUUUACUUUUGCCUUCUUGUUAUGAUGGUCUACUUUCAGAUGGAGGACUUUGUAAUAGCUUAUGAUAAAGAGGCCCAAUCAUUCUUUAGCUCAAUCUUGUUGUUCUGCCCCAGUAUAAUUUAUGCUGUAGUGAUUGAAAUCAUGAAUCGCAUCUACAAGUAUGCUGCUGAAUGGUUAACUUCUUGGGAAAACCACAGGCUUGAGUCAUCGUAUCAGAAUCACUUAGUUCUCAAAGUAUUGGUGUUCAAUUUCAUAAAUUGUUUUGCAUCCCUCUUCUAUAUCGCUUUUAUUCUUCAGGAUAUGAAACUUCUACGACAGAAUCUGGCUGCCUUACUCAUCACCUCGCAGAUACUCAACCAGUUUGUGGAAUCAUUGUUUCCUUACUGGCUACAAAAACAUCGUAACAGGAACAUCAAGAAGAAACUUCGAAUUAGAAGUUUAGGAAAAGAACUUCCAUUAGUUGACCAAGUCAAGAUGGAAGGAGAAAUGGGCAGAUAUUUGGGAACAUUUGAUGAUUACUUGGAACUGUUUCAACAAUUUGGCUUUGUCAGUCUUUUCUCAUGUGUCUACCCACUUGCUGCUAUAUUAGCAGUUUUGAACAACAUCACUGAAGUCUAUUCUGAUGGGCUUAAAAUGUGUAAUGUCUUCCAAAGGCCAUUCUUCGAGCCUGCAGCUGAUAUAGGAGUAUGGUUGCUAGCCUUUGAAACAAUGGGAAUUAUUUCCGUGAUGACCAAUUGUGCAUUGAUUGGGAUGUCACCCCAAGUAAAGAAUCUUUUUCAGACAAACAGUAUAGAGCUUGUCUUGCUGGUUGUGGCUGUCGAGCAUGCUCUGUUGGCUCUGAAAUUUAUCCUGGCAUUUGCCAUCUCAGACAUCCCAAGUGAUAUCCGUACUAAAGUGGCCAGGAUGGAAUUUGAGUCCAUGGAGGCCCUGAAACGAAAGCAAAUAAAGGAAGCUGACGAAUCAAUGGCCAAGGAAGAGCAACUUGAUGAAACGGAGAGAGAAUGGGAAGAAAAGAAAAAACUUUGAAUACAUACAUGAUUGACUGAAAUGGAUUAAGCCAGACACAAAAAUUAAAAACUGUUUAGUGUGAAGAUGAGUAUGUCUCUCAACACAGUGCUAAGUGUCUCUUUGUAAAUAUAUCCAUUUUCUGAAGCCUACAUAAAUCAUUGUGGUCCCGCC